AUGGAGGCAGUAACGGACUCAGUGGCGAGCAACGCCUUAUUCCAAAGGCUAAAACCAUGCUGUGUUGAAAUUAGUCGACUUACAAUUCGGGAUGAAAAUGGGCCGUCCUCAGCCCGCGAAUUGCAGAUUCUCACCACUACGCUAUUGGAUAUCCUGCAGUCGUCAUCCACCGACUUACACGAUAAGCUGGCCGAAUAUGUCUUUUUCCCAUUGUCCCAUAUAUUCCGGCAAAUGACCAGGUACCCAAUGACGAUUAUAGAGAAUUGUGUAGCCUGCCUGCGAAUUCUCAUUCAAUGUGGCUGGCGAAUGAGGAUAUCGCCCGCUCUCGUCCAGCAAAUAUUUACCCUCCUCGUCUUUCUCAUUGACGGCGUGCCUGGUUCCGACGAAAACCAAGAAAAGCCCGAAGAACUUAUCUUGGAGUCGUUCCGCACCAUGACAGCCCUCCUCGAUGCUGCCGCAGGAUCCGCACAGGCUGCUGCCGGUUUGGCAGCGCCCACAGCAAUUCCGCAGCUGGGUCACGGCGUCACGGCGAUACUAGAAGGCAUUACAGACGGCGUCGCUCCAGCGAUACAGGAAGAGGCACUCAGCUCCUUGGUUGCGCUGUAUCGAGCAAUCAGAGACCGUGCCGCAUUGGCCACUUUUCUACCUGGCUCAUUAUCCAAACUUGCCAUGGUUCUCCACACGCCGGCGCGAUAUAAAACCUCGGUGCUUGCAGGUUGCCUGGACGCCGUGAGGGUCAUAUUGACAAGCGUCCUUGGCGAUUUGCGCACGCGAUCGAUUCUUGUCAAGAAGAACAACGAUGAGGCCGAGGAAGAUGAUAAGAACAAGGUUCUCGGACCAGCCUGGCUGAAUGCCACGGUCGGGCAGGUCAAAAAGGCCUUGGCGACAAUGAUGAAGCUCCGCGCACAUGAAUCUGAAAAUGUUAGGACUGCACUUGAUCGCCUGUGCAUUACAUUGUUGGAUGAGUGCCACGAAACCUUGUCCAACUGUUCGGGUCUGCUUGUUGAGACGGCCAUCAUCCUGGAUUCAAGCGACCGCGACUCUUUCACCGAAACAAACCUGUCUCAUAUAACUGGAAUAUACCCCGAGCUACUGGAUGUGGUGAAAACGACGGUGUAUGACUGGAUGUCGAGCUUACCGCGACACAUGCAAUCUGCCGACGAGGAUGUUAAACGGAUUGCAAUCCACAAUUUUUCCAAGGGCAUCGAACUUUUGAGGAGUCUACACAUCGAAUCCGCCACAAUGGAAACUGCCUUGUCUAAUACACUCUGCGAGACCAUCACCUCACUGCUCCAGACCAAAACAUCAAUUUCCGAUAACGCCACGCCGAUCCAGCUCUUAGAGACCAAGUCCAUGGUGGAAGCUGCUGGCAAGACGUCGCACCCCCCUGUAAUACUUUCACACGAAAGUCAACGAGGCCUGAAGCGAGAGCUUGUGUCUCUCCUCCGAGCCGUUAGCUUGACUUCUCAGUCAGGCGCACUGCUAGCUGAUAUGGUGGAUUUCGCUAGGAGCAAUGCAGAGAAAAGUCAAGUCGCUGCCUACUGGCUGUCGCUGGAGAUGAUCAAAGCUGCGCAUGCCUCCUCUGCCGACGACGAUGCCCUUCUCAACUUAUCCGACGUUUCAGAUGGAUCUUACGACACCGAUGCUGCUUUGAGCGAACUGUAUUCAUUCUCGGUUGAUAUCUUAGACUCCCACAGCGAUGCGUCAGCGGUCGACUGGCGCAUGGAGGCUCUCGCGCUCGAAGUUGUCGCCUAUGCUUCCCAGAGAGCUGGAGAGUCGUUUAGGCCAGAACUCAUCGACGUCUUAUUCCCCAUUGCAACGUUUCUAGGGUCACACGAUCCCCAACUUCAACAGCAUGCCGUGGCUACGCUAAACAUUUUGGCUUCAGCGAGCAAAUAUGAUUCCGUCUCGGACCUGAUUGUCAGCAACGUCGACUACAUGCUCAGCUCUGUGGCGCUGCGCCUCAAUACGCUGGAUAUAUCGCCAGCGUCCACAAAAGUGCUCACGAUGAUGAUACGCCUGGCGGGACCGCGCCUCAUUCCGUUCAUGGAUGACGUUGUCGAGUCCAUAUUUGCCGCCCUGGAUAACUAUCACGGGUACCCCAUGUUCGUCGAGAGCCUGUUCGACGUGCUCAAAGAGAUUGUGGAUCAAGGCGCCAAGACGGAAAGCAUGCGGCUGCUCAAAGACCACGAGAAAAAGGAAAUCCAUCACAAAAAACAGCCCGGCCAGCCGGAAGACUUGAACAGCCUGAUGGUUUUUUUGCACAAACGCGAUGAGCGAAGGAAGCGUGACGAAGAAGAAGCGCGGGAUACGCAACCACUAAAAGGCCACCCGCAAACACCCUGGGGCGAGCCCGAAAAGAAGGAUGGGGAUGGGGAGAUGACCGACACGGGCGGCGAGCCCCCCAGCGAAGAGAAGCCGCCGAGUUCGUCCACCUACCAGCUUCUGAGCCGCGUAGCCAGCCUGACGCAGCACUACCUGACAUCGCCGACGCCGCGGCUGCGACGAUCCCUGCUCGCGCUGCUCACGUCCGCCACGCGCGUGCUCGCCGCCGACGAGGACGCCUUCCUCCCGCUCGUCAACACCCUGUGGCCCGUCGUCAUCGGCCGGCUGCGCGACCCAGAGCCGUACGUCGUUGUCGAGGCGUGCGCCGCGCUCGCGGGCCUGUGCGCGGCGGCGGGCGACUUUCUCGCGUCCCGCUUCCAGACGGCGUGGCACGACGACCUGCGCGAAUUUUGCCGGGCAGCAAAGCGCGCCGCCGCCGCCGCAGCAGGCGGACGGAUCCAGGGGCCGGCAUCUUCGGUGGAUGUCAUGGUGCCGCUGCGCGGAGAACACGGGCUGGACGUUGUGCGCGCCGGCACGCUGCGCCGCAAGGAGGAGAAGCUGUCGGCGGCGAGCGGCAGCGGCCUCGGGCAGCACGCCUCGCCGGCGCGCAUAUGGGCCGCGGUUGUCGCGCUGCUGACGGCGGUGGUGGCGCAUGUGCGCAUCGAAGACGGCAUGUUUGACGACGUGCUGGAGCUGCUGGUGGACGUGCUGGACAAGAGGCCGGAGGUCAGGGAGGCGCUCGAGGUGAUUAACGCGGAUGCCGUGUGGUUGGCGCUGUAUGAACGGGGCAUGACGGCGUGGCAAACGGCCCCGACGGUCGAGGGCGCGUCGUUUAUCGCUCUGCAGACAUAG